GCGGAGAUGUAGAAUAUGUAGUAGAGCUGCACUCUGAUCUAUAGAGCGCAUACACAACUCGUGGCACCCAUUGCCUAGCAACGCGGUGUCAAACACCUCUCUCCCAAAACACUAAACUCGCUGUCUGGUUCUUUCUGGUCGGCUGGCAUGCUAAUUAUCUAAGUCUUGAACUUGUCCCUUAGUUUGGAAAAAACACAUAGUUCACAGGAUGGGCAAGAAAGCAAAGAAGGAGAGCGAAACUCCAAGUAAGGAAACGUUUGAUGCAGUACCUGUUGUGAGCAAAACCCCAGCAACAUUAGUGUUGCUGCUGAGCUCCCCUGAAGAGGACAUUCUAAUCAAAGCCUGUGAAGCAAUCUAUAUAUUUGCAGAGAAAGGAGAUGAGAACAAGGUUUGUCUGCUGGGGCUUGGGGCGCUGGAGCCUCUCUGUCAUCUCAUCACUCACAACAACAAGCUGGUCAGACGCAAUGCCUUCAUGGCCCUGGGCAUCAUGGCUAGUAACGGUGAUAUAAAGACUGCUCUGAACAAACUAGAUGUCAUUCCAGUGAUUAUAGACAAAUUGUUUCAUGAAGAUGAUACAGUUAUCCAUGAGUUUGCAACACUCUGCCUGGCCUCUCUGUCAGUGGAUUAUACCUGCAAGGUGCAGAUCUUUGACAACAAGGGCCUGCCACCUCUAAUCCAGCUUCUCUCCAGUCCAGACCCAGAUGUUAAGAAGAACUCGCUAGAGACUAUCAUCAACCUAGUCCAGGACUAUCAAAGCCGCCUGGCAGUUCAUGAGCUGGGUGGAAUCCCUCCACUUCUUGAACUGCUGAAGUCGGACUUCCCUGUCAUUCAGCAUUUGGCUUUAAAGACGCUGCAGGAUAUCACCACUGAUAAAGAUACAUGCACCACCUUUAGGGAAAAGCAGGGAUUUGAGAAGCUCAUUGAUAUCCUUAAUAAAAAGGACUUCAGUGACCUUCAUGCCGAGGCCUUACAGGUAGUCACUAACUGUUUGUGUGACACUGAGAGCCUCCAGCUACUCCACCGGGGUGGAGGCCUGACUAGGCUGAUGGAUUUUCUACUCACCCCUUACAGACCUGAAAUCCAAUCAACUGCUAUUAAAUGCAUCACCAGGGUUGCUCAGGGCUCUGAAAAUCGCAAACUGCUCCAUGAGCAGAAUGUGGAGCAAAUUCUGGUAGAGCUUCUCUCUGUGGCCGACGUCAGUGUGAAAACAUCUGCCUGUCAGGCUGUGGCUGCCAUGAGUUUUCACCUACCCAGUAAUGACCGCUUCAGAGACCUGGGUGGUAUCCCUGCAGUGGUAAAGGGGCUGAGCAGUGAGAGCUCGGUGCUGAAAGAGGCGGCAGCCCAGGCGCUGUCUAACCUCACACAUAGUAACCAGCUCAGUGCAUUUGCAGUGUAUGAGGCCGGAGGCCAUGAGCUCCUUGUCCAGCAGCUCUGGGGAAGCUGUUCUAGCACAGUAGCCCAUGCUGCUGCCACGCUUGCUAACAUGGCAAGACAUGAAGUCAUUCGCUGCAGCAUCUUGUCACAAGGAGCUAUACAGGGUCUGGUGGAGCUGUUAAAGUCCACACAUACACAGGUCCUGGUCAACACAGUACUCUGUCUGGCAGUACUAGUUUGUGACACAGAAGCUAGAGCACAGCUACAAAGUGCUGGAGGCCUUCAGCCACUGGUCAGUUUGUUGCGAUCCUAUCACAAGGAGGUGUUGCACAGUGCAUGCUUGGCAGUGAAUGUCUGUGCCAGUGAUAAGACCACUGUCGUGGAGAUGUGCAAACUUGGAGCACUGGAAAUACUUCAGGAAAUCAACCAGUCAGUGAAUCUUAGGAGCAGUUUCAGCGAGUUGGCAAUGGGCAGCCUGCUUAACUCCAACUUGUCUGUUAAAUACAGCUUGACAGGUCAUUUGGCCUCCACUGACAUUAUUAGUGAUGGCUUCUACGACACUGGGAAGGCUCAUGCAGGUCAGAGAAUUCUCACUUUAGAGGAACUGUCUAUGCAGCCAGUCAACCAGCGCCACCCCAUCAUUGCUGUUAAAACAACAGUAGAGAAGAUGAAAGAGGAUGAGAAACAGAAAGCUGAGACCCAGCCACUUACACAGAAACCAUGGAAGAUGAUGGAUGACGUCUCAUUGCAUGUUCUUAUUAAAGAGGCCAAACGAUCCGUUCUCCCACUGAAUGAACGAGAGCAGUAUGCUGCCUUGGCCAGGCUGGUGAGUGAAGCCAUGGGUGGAGCAGUGGAGAAGGAAAAGUUGCAUGAAUUCACAUGGUUGCUGCACCUCAGCCAGCUCAAGUUCCAGCUUCAGUCUAAUGUUAUUCCCAUUGGCUUGAUCAGAAGGGGAAUCUACUGCCACAGGGCACUUCUCUUCAAGUGUUUGGCUGAUUGCCUUGGGAUAAGCUGUACACUUGUUAGGGGUGAAUACAACCGGGCUUGGAACGAGGUACUCCUCUUCAAUGGGACUCCUUCCAGCAAUGGGUUCUCUUCACAGCCUUGCCGCUACAUAGUAGACCUCAUGCAUCAGCCUGGAAGCCUACUGGCAGUCAGUACAGUUGCUGCUGAGCAAUAUCAGACUAUAUAGAUCUGCAAUAGUAUAAAUAUAUUUCAGUAGUCUAUAUAUUUCUGUGGCUAGACAUUUAAUUUCUAUUGUAUGUGCAUUUGCUGCAGACCUUUAAAUAACUCAAUACAUAAUUAUUUAGUUGAUAGUUUUGGUGUAUGCACAAGUCAAAAAGAAAAAGGCCAUUUGUUUAUGACUAAAGCUUCUCUAAUAAACACAGCAAUUUAACUUGUGGUUCUGUUA